UGACGUGUGAAUGUCCACGCGUCUGUCGCCGCGCAUUUUUUUGCAAAACGCUCGACAUAGUGUCUGGCGGAAUUUGCGCUAUAAUAAAUGUGUUAAAUUAUUGCAGUAAGACAGACAUUUGUUUUUCGUUUCUAAUACGCAUUAAGUUUCAAAGAGCGGCACAAUGUCGAGCUUCGUUCUAGAUAAAGAAUCAUUUGUGCGUCGAAUAAAACGCCUCUAUACUGAAUGGAAGGCGCCGAGCACUGGUCACGAUGAUGCGCUUAGUAAUCUGGACUGCAUCAUGAGCGUGGUGGGCGUAGAUGAGGAUGUUGUCUACUCCAAAUCCAUGGCUUUGCAGCUUUGGCUGCUGGGCUACGAAUUGACGGACACCAUCUCGAUCUUUGCCUCGGAUGCCAUCUAUUUCCUCACCAGCAAAAAGAAGAUUGAGUUCCUCAAACAGGCGCAGAAUAUUAGCGAAGAGGGCGUGCCGGAAAUAAAGUUGCUUGUACGCGAUCGCACCGACAAGGAUAAUGCUAACUUUGAUAAGCUCAUCAAGACCAUACAGAACUCGAAAAAGGGCAAAAGGUUAGGCGUCUUUACGAAGGACGCAUUCCCGGGAGAAUUUAGCGAAGCUUGGAAGAAGAUGCUGACAGACGCCAAGUUUGAGCACGUGGACAUUAGCACCAUAAUUGCGUACUUGAUGUGCCCCAAGGAUGAGUCCGAGAUUAAUAAUAUACGCAAAGCUUCAUUGGUGUCCAUGGACAUAUUCAACAAGUAUUUGAAAGACGAAAUCAUGGACAUUAUCGACUCUGAUCGGAAAGUGAAGCACACAAAAUUAGCGGAUGGCUGCGAAACAGCUAUAACCGAGAAGAAAUACACUAGCGGUCUGGAUCCACGUCUACUUGAUAUGGCCUACCCACCAAUCAUUCAGUCGGGAGGCGCAUAUAGCUUAAAAUUCUCGGCGGCAGCCGAUAAAAAUCAUUUGCAUUUUGGUGUUAUCGUCUGCUCACUGGGCGCUCGCUACAAAUCCUACUGUUCGAACAUUUCGCGCACAUUUCUGGUGAAUCCCACCGAGACCAUGCAGGAGAACUACACGUUUCUGGUAAACGUGCAGGAGGAAAUACUCAAGUUACUUGUGCCGAAUGCAAAACUAUGCGAAGUCUAUGACACUACGCUCGCCUAUGUGAAAAAGGAGAAACCCAGCAUGGUGGACAAUCUAACCAAGAGCUUUGGCUUUGCCAUGGGUCUGGAGUUUCGCGAGAAUUCCAUUGUCAUUGGCCCCAAAUGUCAGGCGCUGAUCAAAAAGAAUAUGGUCUUCAAUCUGCAUGUUGGCAUCUCGAAUUUAACCAAUGCCGAUGCAGCCGACAAAGAGGGCAAAACCUAUGCGCUCUUUAUUGGCGAUACAGUGCUCGUUGGUGACCAGGGACCGGCUAGCGUGAUGACGCCAUCCAAGAAGAAGAUCAAGAACGUUGGCAUCUUUAUCAAGGAUGACGACGACGAGGAGGAGGAUGUGGAUGAUAAAAAGGCAACCAAAGCAGAUCAAAGCACCGAGAUCUUGGGUCGCAGCAAACGAAAUGCUGUGCUCGAAUCAAAAUUGCGCAAUGAGAUCAACACCGAAGAGAAGCGCAAGGAACAUCAACGUGAGCUGGCGCAAGCGCUCAACGAACGUGCCAAGGAACGUCUGGCUAAACAGGGUAAUUCCAAGGAGGUGGAAAAGGUGCGCAAGAACACCGUCUCCUACAAAUCGAUGAGCCAAAUUCCACGCGAACCCGAAGUUAAGGAGCUCAAAUUGUAUGUGGACAAAAAGUAUGAGACGGUCAUUAUGCCAGUGUUUGGCAUUCAGGUGCCAUUCCACAUAUCCACCAUCAAGAACAUUUCGCAAUCUGUUGAAGGCGAAUACACGUAUCUGCGCAUCAAUUUCUUUCAUCCCGGCGCCACAAUGGGACGCAACGAGGGCGGUCUCUAUCCACAGCCGGAGGCGACCUUUGUCAAGGAAGUCACGUAUCGCAGCUCCAAUGUGAAAGAGCACGGCGAGAUUGCGGCUGCUUCUUCAAAUCUGAACAAUGCUUUCCGGCUGAUCAAAGAGGUGCAAAAACGCUUCAAGACCCGCGAGGCAGAAGAGCGUGAAAAGGAGGAUUUGGUCAAACAGGAUACGCUGAUACUUUCGCAAAACAAGGGCAAUCCCAAGCUGAAGGAUCUGUACAUACGUCCCAACAUUGUCACCAAGCGGAUGACGGGCAGCUUGGAGGCACACACCAAUGGCUUCCGUUACAUCUCGGUGCGUGGCGACAAAGUCGACAUACUGUACAACAACAUCAAGAGCGCAUUCUUUCAACCAUGCGAUGGUGAAAUGAUUAUACUGCUGCAUUUCCAUCUGAAGUACGCGAUCAUGUUUGGCAAAAAGAAGCAUGUGGAUGUGCAGUUCUACACGGAGGUGGGCGAGAUCACCACAGAUCUGGGCAAGCAUCAGCAUAUGCACGAUCGUGAUGAUUUGGCCGCCGAGCAGGCGGAACGUGAGCUGCGCCACAAGCUCAAGACGGCGUUCAAGAGUUUCUGCGAGAAGGUUGAAGGCAUGACCAAGGCACUGGUCGAGUUUGAUACUCCGUUCCGUGAGCUGGGCUUUCCGGGCGCACCUUUCCGCAGCACAGUCACAUUGCAGCCAACAUCAGGUUCGCUGGUCAAUCUGACGGAGUGGCCACCAUUUGUGAUUACGCUGGACGAUGUGGAGCUGGUGCAUUUUGAGCGUGUGCAGUUCCAUUUGCGUAACUUUGACAUGAUAUUUGUGUUCAAGGAGUACAACAAAAAGGUUGCCAUGGUCAAUGCCAUUCCCAUGAACAUGCUGGAUCACGUUAAGGAGUGGCUCAAUUCCUGCGACAUUCGCUACUCGGAGGGCGUUCAAUCGCUCAAUUGGCAGAAGAUCAUGAAGACCAUUGUUGAUGAUCCAGAGGGCUUCUUUGAUCAAGGCGGCUGGACAUUUUUGGAUCCCGAAUCGGGCAGUGAAGCCGACAAUGAAUCGGCCGAAUCGGAAGAGGAUGAAGCCUACAAUCCUACAGAUGCCGAAACGGAUGAUGAGACCGACGAAGAUGACUCCGAAUACUCGGAGGCUUCCGAGGAUGAAAGCGAUGACAGCGACGAACUGGGAUCCGAUGAGGAGUCGGGCAAGGAUUGGUCCGAUCUGGAGCGCGAGGCCGCUGAAGAGGAUCGCAACAAUGAUUACAACACCGAUGACAAGCGCAACGGCAAAUUCGAGUCAAAGAAACAUGGCAAGAGCUCCAAGCACAGUCGUCGCGAGCGUGAGGAGCAGCGAUCGUCGCACAGUAAAAAGCAUAAGUCGAAUUCCUCCUCUUCUUCGCAUUUAAAAUCCUCCAGCUCCAAACAUGGCAGCUCAUCUAGCCCAUCGAAAUCGUCCAAGGAUAAGUAUCACAAUCGCGACAAGCAUCAUUCCUCCUCGUCAUCGGGUCACAAGAGCAACAGCAAGGAUAAGGAUCGCAAGCGUUCGCGCGACGACAGUCGAGACAAUGGACACAACAAAUCGAAGAAGUCGCGACACUAAGGACACACACACACACACCAUUAGUUGUAGGACACACAAUAGCACAGCAACCCACACACACACACACACACACACAUAUAUAUACACACAUACAUCUGCACCAUAUAAUAAAUACAGAACAGAGAAGAAAUACAGUAUACCUUAACCUUAGGUUAAUUCGUGUCUACGAUAUCUCCAUUUUGUAAAUUCUGACAUUGUAAUCCUCGAACCAAACACACACACACACACCAACACAAACGCACAAAUUCGUACCCAAUAUACACACUGCAAAUGUCUGGAUAUACUUUGAUGUUGAUUCACUGUUGAGAAACUGUAUUUCACCCAAAUCCUUUUAAAAUGGCUUCUCUUCUCCAGCAUUCAUUUUGAAAAAGUUGUAUUACAAAUUGCAAAUAAUUCUAAUACGAUUUCUAUUUUGUAUGUAAUAAACUAGCCUUGUAAGUGCGCAAUGCA